GCAAACUAACACUUUUUAAACUCGCUCCACCUCAUAUCAGUCUUUUGGAUCCGUCCACCUCUGAUGACCCUCCGUCCCCGACCGAUGCGCCGCUCAAAGCCGCCCCGCGGAGCCCCUCGUUCGGCCUGGACAGCAGCGCGACACCGUUCAGCCCCGGCAGCGCGUCGGACAGCAGCGGCUACAGCGUUUUCUCCGGGAACCCGUCUCUGAACCCGGACUCCCCGGUCAGCUCCAGCUCCAUCUCCAGCAGCAGCGCUGCGGCUCUCUUCCAGCCCGUCGGUCACACAGAGUCCCUGCUGAGCUGCGACUACAUCCCGUCCCUGAACCCGGGGCCCAAGCGCCUGUGCCUGGUGUGCGGAGACUUCGCGUCCGGCUAUCACUACGGCGUCGCGUCGUGUGAGGCGUGCAAGGCUUUCUUCAAAAGAACCAUUCAGGGAAACAUCGAGUACAGCUGUCCGGUGCUGAACGACUGUGAGAUCACUAAGAGACGGAGGAAAUCCUGCCAAGCAUGUCGUUUCCAGAAGUGCCUGCGUGCCGGCAUGAUGAGAGAGGGUGAGCUCCUAUCUCUGAAACCUGACACGAAUUUGGCAGGUUUCUCUGGCCUCUCGCUGGUGGAUCAGAUGGCGCUGCUCCAGAGCGGCUGGAUGGAGACGCUGGUGCUGAACGUGGUUUGGCGAUCUCAGGGUUCGGCUGACGAGCUUCAGUUUGCGGAGAACCUGCGACUGAACGAGAGCCAGUGUCGAGCCGCAGGACUGCAUGAUCUCUACACGGCUCUGAGACACCUGACCUCCAAAUACCAGCAGAUGGGCCUCAACCAGGAGGAGGUGCUCACUCUCAAAGCCAUGGCUCUGGCCAACUCAG